ACCCGCUUCCUCCUCUUCCCAUUCCCUUUCACAUCCUCCUCCUCUUUCCCCUUCUUCUUCUUCACUUUUCCACAAUCAACAACUGCUCCAGUCCUCAGAUACAAGGAUCAAUACAAACUCACGACACCACCCUAAGUCAAAGCUGCCCCGUCCCAGUCGACUCUCGCUGCCACUACCCGCCUUGCAGCAGCACUACCAAGGACACCACGCGACUUUCAACCCCUCGUCCUCGAGUGCUGUGGGGAGUUGCGCCGGUUUAUGUCCAGCUUUGCGCGCGACCUGCCAUCAUAACUGCACCACCAGAGCCGUUUGUCUUACGACGAGGACCAGAGAGACAGACCACGUCGAACGAUUCUCCGUCUUAGAAGCUCCAGCGUCUCUCGAGGCCUGCACAAAGUACCCCGCAUCCUUCAUAAACGCACACAACACACACACGAAGUACACGCACACACACAACACCCCGCCACAAUGACCGAAGCUGCAGAGCCACAAAGGGCCCCUGUGGUCGCCGAGGCCCACCUUGUUGAUACCUUCCACCCCCCCCAGAAGAUGCUUGACAAGCACCCCAGCAAGCCCCACUUGAGCAGUCUCGAGGACUACCAGAAGCUGUACAAGCAAUCCAUCACCGACCCCAAGGCCUUCUGGGGCACCCAGGCACGCGAGCUUCUGUCGUGGUUCAGCGACUUCCAGACCGUUUACUCGGGUUCCCUGGAGGGCGGCGACAGUUCCUGGUUUAUCGAGGGCCAGCUCAACGCCAGUUACAACUGCGUCGACCGUCAUGCCUUCAAGGACCCCAACCGCGUCGCCAUCAUCUACGAGGCCGACGAGCCCGGCGAUGGCCGCAACGUCACCUACGGCGAGCUCCUGCGAGAAGUCUCGCGGACCGCCUGGGUUCUGAAGCAGAUGGGUGUGCGCAAGGGCGAUACCGUUGCCAUUUACCUGCCCAUGAUUCCCGAGGCCAUCAUCGCCCUGCUUGCCUGUGUCCGUAUCGGCGCUGUCCACUCCGUCGUCUUUGCCGGCUUCUCCGCCGAUUCCCUCCGCGACCGUGUCAUCGACGGCAACUCUAAGGUCGUCAUCACCACCGACGAGGGCAAGCGUGGCGGCAAGUUGAUUGGCACCAAGAAGAUCGUCGACGAUGCUCUGAAGCAGUGCCCCGACGUCUCCCACGUCCUGGUCUACAAGCGCACCGGCGCCGAUGUGCCCAUGACCAAGGGCCGUGAUUGGUGGUGGCACGAGGAGGUCGAGAAGUGGCCCGCCUACUUCGCCCCCGAGCGUGUCAACUCCGAGGACCCCUUGUUCCUCCUCUACACCUCCGGCUCUACCGGUAAGCCCAAGGGUGUCAUGCACACCACCGGAGGCUACCUGGUCGGCGCCGCCGCCACCGGCAAGUACGUUUUCGACAUCCACGACGGCGACCGCUACUUUUGUGGUGGUGACGUUGGCUGGAUUACCGGUCACACCUACGUUGUCUACGCCCCUCUGCUGCUCGGUGUGACGACCGUCGUCUUCGAGGGCACACCUGCCUACCCCAACUUCUCAAGAUACUGGGACAUUAUCGCGAACCACAAGGUCACCCAGUUCUACGUCGCCCCUACCGCUCUUCGCCUGUUGAAGCGUGCUGGUGACCAGCAUGUCAAGGGUGACAUGAAGCACCUCAGAGUGCUCGGCUCCGUCGGUGAGCCUAUCGCCGCUGAGGUCUGGAAGUGGUACUUUGAGGUCGUUGGCAAGGAGGAGGCCCACAUUGUAGACACAUACUGGCAGACCGAGACCGGCUCUAACGUCAUCACCCCUCUGGCUGGUGUUACCCCCACCAAACCCGGUAGUGCUUCGUUGCCCUUCUUCGGCAUUGAGCCCGCUAUUAUCGACCCCGUAUCUGGCGAAGAGAUUCACGGCAACGACGUCGAAGGUGUCUUGGCUUUCAAGCAGGCCUGGCCCAGCAUGGCCCGCACCGUCUGGGGUGCCCACAAGCGUUACAUGGACACAUACUUGAAUGUGUACAAGGGCUACUACUUCACCGGUGACGGUGCCGGUCGUGACCACGAGGGCUUCUACUGGAUCCGUGGCCGCGUCGACGACGUCGUCAACGUCUCCGGCCACCGUCUCUCUACGGCCGAGAUCGAGGCCGCGCUCAUCGAGCAUCACUCCAUCGCCGAGGCCGCCGUCGUUGGUGUCGCCGACGAGCUUACCGGCCAGGCCGUCAACGCCUUCGUCGCUCUCAAGGACGGCAACGAGGCCUCAGAUGCGCUCCGCAAGGAGUUCAUCAUGCAGGUGCGCAAGAGCAUCGGUCCUUUUGCGGCGCCCAAGGCCGUCCACAUUGUGCCUGAUCUGCCCAAGACCCGCUCCGGCAAGAUCAUGCGUAGAAUCCUGCGUAAGAUCCUGGCAGGCGAGGAGGACCAGCUUGGUGACGUGACAACCCUUUCGGAUCCUUCCAUUGUCGAAAAAAUCAUCACCAUCGUCCACGAGGAGAAGAAGAAAUAAAGACACGACGUUGACACUAGCGUGCGAGGGCUGAAGUGAGCAUUGAUACCACAGGACAGACGAGGAUGUACAUAAGAGGUACGAGUACCUGGUUGGAACCCACGAAUGAUUGAGGGUUGUUAUUCCUUGCCAUUUAGCGACACUUUUGACUAUUGCAUCCAAUAAAAAAAACUUGGAAAACUACUCUUGCCUCGUUU